AUGGAUCAAUUUGUUAUUAAGAAAUCGAAACCUAAAGAUUCUACCAUAGAAAAUUCUUUAGCACAUAAAAAUGAUCUAAAUAUUAAGACUCCUGAAACCUGUAUACCUUCUUCAUCUUUUACUUCAGUUGAUAUAAGAAUUAAUGACAUAAUAUAUUUUGUUAACCGUGUGUUAUCACAUAGUGAAAUUCAUACAGUUAUAAAUAAUAUAUGGACACCAGAUAUAACGUUUAAGUUUCCCAUACAUAAAAACUUCGAUAAAAAUAAAAAAGGGCAAACGAGCAAAUUUCAAUUUAAUUGGUUAUUAAGAUGGCGAUGGUUAGCAUACUCUGAAAAAGAAGACGGUGCAUUUUGUAAACUUUGUGUUGCUUUUUCCAAAUCUGAAGGUGGAAUAAAUGGCCAGAAACUUGGUGCUUUGGUUAUAAAUAAAUUUGAUAAUUGGAAACACGCUAUAGAAACAUUUACUAAACAUGAUAAACUAAAUUAUCAUAUUAAAAGUGUAAUAGAUACCGAUAAUUUUUCAAAAACGAGGAAUAAUCCAAGCAUAUCCAUUGAAAAUCAAUUAGAUACAGCACGUAAUACAAUACAAACUUCAAAUGAAGGAAAUUUUAGGGAACUAUUGCGGUAUAGAGCUCGUGGUGAUCUAAAGUUCAAAACAUUUUUUGAAGGUCCAGGUGAACGAAAUAAAUAUAUUAGUCCUACUAGCCAAAAUGCUAUUAUUGAUUGUUGCAACACGGUAAUACUUAAUAAAAUUGUAGCUAAAAUAAAUAAAGCAAAAUGUUUCACUGUCCUCGUUGAUGAAACUGCCGAUGUAUCUGGUAUAGAGCAAGUGUCUUUAUGUGCUAAAUAUGUUGAUGUAGAUGAAUUAGUUGUCAGAAAAGAUUUUUUGCAGCGUUCGGGAUAG